CCUGUUUCUGGCUUGGGAACCCCCGUGCAGUGCUUCCCGUCGUUGUUUAAUAGUGGUAUGGUGGCAGUACCUGCAUCGCCAUCCGAUUUGCUGAAAGGGAAACCCAUAAGAAUGGAUUAUUUUGUCCAACCGACCGACCCCCUAAGAAGAAGUGGGGGUUGGGGGGGUUUGCACUCCUCACCCCCUUCACCACUGCAGUAUCAUCGCUUAUUGUUGUACGUCUUCAGAUGGGGUAGCUCCUAACUCUAGAAAAGGCUCUUUCGAGAGAUGCGAUUGGUGUGCUUUGUUUCUUUUGCUGCCUGCGGUGUUGCUAGAAUAAGAGAGAGAGCGCACACACGCGGAAAGGGA